CUGGCGUCAAAAUUGAAAACAUGUCCGAUCCCGCAUCACAUGUAAACACUGGGAAGUCUCGUUGAACUAUGACAUUUAUGGAGAACAGACUGAGGUAGAACUUUCUUUUAUUACUGAGAUCGUCAAGAAAGUGCAUUUUGCCAGCGUAUAUGAUAUAUGUUCAGAUCUGUGUCAGAAUGAGGAUGGUAUAUGUACAUGUACACAGGAGACUGACAUAACGGACAACAGAUAUCACUUCUACAGGUUUGGGUGAUUUAGUGACAUCAUACACGAUGCAGUCACUUGAUGUAGCUCAUAAGGCUAAUGGGAAAAUCUGGCAUCGUAAGCCCACACCAUCAGCUGAUAAUGGGUUGAUGGUCAGCAUCAAUCAUAGUCAGGCUGGGGGCCUUUCCCAGUCCAGCCGGAAUGUCCGAUUUCUUCAUACUGCGUUUGACGGCCAAACGGAAACCUUUGUGGCCGGGGAUCACCAAGGCAAUGUCUACAUAUUUGACCUCAACAAAAACAGAUUUUUCCUCGGACAGAAGACGGGACACCCCUGUACUGCUGUAGCGUUCAAUCUCCGUCGGAAGUCAGAGUUUCUUGUCGGCCUGUCAGAUUACUCCCUCAAGUGCUUUGACUCAGAUACUAAGGAAAUGGUGGCCUGGAUGAAAGGUCAUGAGUCUGCAAUCCGAGACAUUUCUGUACACGCCUCGGGACGAUAUGCCCUAACCACCUCAACAGACACCGCCCAACUGUGGGAUCUCGACACUUUCCAACGUAAACGCAAACUGAACAUAAAGGAAGAUGUUGGCAUAGUCCAGGUGUUCUUUUUACCUCUGAGCAAUGUAAUCAUAACUGGCUUCAAGGACGACACGAUAUUUGCCUGGGAGUCGGACACGUUGAACUGUAAAUACCAGUUACCGGUGCCCCCUGGCAAGAGUCCACAUUACCGAGCCUUCACAUCUACCAAGGAUGGACGGAUUCUAGCAGCAGGAGGAAAGUCCCGAUUCAUCCAUCUCUGGGACCUGGACACCCACAGACUUCUACGCAUCGUGGAGCUGCCGGUCAAGGUGACUGCCGUCCGUCAAAUGGUCUUCCUCCCAGACAACUUUGAUGCUGGAGCUAAUCAGGUCCUGGGUGUUCUCAAUCAAGAUGGUAUUGUACGUUUCAUCAACAUCAACACAUGCAAGUUAUUAUUUGAUGUGGGAAGUAUAGAAAACAAGAUCAAUAACAUCAAUGUGAGUUCAUCAGGCCGCCACUUAGCAGCAGCCAUGGAGGACGGAUGUCUGAAUGUGUUUAACCUACAUGCAAUGUCGUCUGAACUCAACAAACCACCUGCUCCGUUAGUGAAGGUCGUCUCUGGUAACAAAAUGGCCGACACCUCCACCAAAUCCAUACUGAAACGCAAGGGUAAAGGUCGCGCAGGGGGAAAGGAGAAUAAGAUGGCUGGUGAGCUCAAAGAGAUUGAGAUUCCAGAGAGAUUAAACAUGGAAAGGUUGACAGCCAUACUGAAGGGGUACGGAGAAUACCCGAGCAAAUACCGUAUGUUUAUCUGGCGAUCAGUGCUACGGCUUCCGGAGAACCACACUGCUUAUGCAGCCCUCGUAGACAAAGGCACGCACCCCUCAUAUGUCAAUCUACAGGAGGACUAUCCCAUAAAGAGUAGGAAGCUCCUCAGAGUCCUACAAAGGAUCCUGUCGGCACUUUCCCAUUGGUCCCCGAUUUUCGGAGAAACUCAGUAUCUGCCAGUGCUCGCUUUCCCAUUCGUCAAGCUCUUCCAGAACAACCAUCUAGUCUGUUUUGAAAUCAUUGCUACUAUCAUGGAAAACUGGGCAGAACAUUGGUUUGAAUACUUUCCCAACCCUCCGAUCAACAUCCUAAGUUUGAUAGAGAAUGUGCUAGCUCACCAUGACAAGUAUCUGCUGCAACACUUCGUCAAGUACAGCGUAACGUCACAGAUAUAUGCUUGGCCUCUGUUGGAGACGUUGUUUUCUGAAGUCCUGACCAAGGAAGAAUGGCUGAUGAUGUGGGACAGUGUUUUCAGUAAUCACCCGUCAUUCUUGCUCAUGGCAGUGGUAGCCUACACCAUCUCGGCCCGAGGACCACUGAUGCAGUGUAUUGAACUAGACGAUUUUAAGUUUUUUUACCACCAUCGUAACGCCGUGGAUGUACGACAAGUAAUUAAAGAAGCGUACCACCUGAUGGAGGCCACGCCCGAGGAUAUCCACCCACAGAAAACAUUGGCCGAGUUUAAACCUCUCACAGUGGGGCAGUACCCUGUCUUCAACAAAUAUCCAAAAUUUAUCGUGGACUACCAGGUCCAGGAACGUGAGAGAAUACGCCAUGAAGAAAUGGAAUAUCUACGCCAAAGACAAGUGUCACUGGAGAUGCAGAAGGAGACGAUGAAGCGAACACAGGAGGAGGAGGCGUGGUACAGACAGCAGCAGCUACUGACGGACGCGGAGGAAAAACGCCGCACCCUCAUACAUACCGAGGAGCAGAAACUCACUGCACAGAGGAAACGGUUAAAUGCCAUGAAUCGUGAGGUGAAACUUAAGGAACUCCAGUUACUGGACGCUGCCCGACGCAAGUUCCUCCACUUCCAGAAGGAAGAGCGUCAGAAGGAGCUACGACGUCUCGACGACGAGGUCCAGAGGAAGGCACUUUUGAGGGACCAGGAAACGGAGACGGCUAUAGAGGAAGCGGAGAUCAGGAACAUUGAACUACAGCUACAAAAGAAAAUGUUUGAACAAGAAUUGUUCCGGGAGUUUGCGACAGUAUCACAACAACUUCGAACAGAACAGGACAUGCACAGGAAACAGGCAGAACUGGAAGACCGCAUACAGGAUAGACUUAAGGAUGUGGAGAGGGAACGACAAACGGAUGUCAGGAAGAUGUUACAAGACAAUCUGGCAAAAACAGCCCAGCAGAACACUGAGGCCUGGGCCCAGAAUGAGUUUGAGCAUCGUCAUCGGUUAGAGGACUUGGAACGUGAGAGCAAGGCCAUUCAGCUAGCAAAGAAGAGUAGUGAAAACAGGAGGUUGGAACAGGAAGUGCAUGAUCUGAUGAAAAAAGUCCAGGCUCAAACGGCCACUGAAGCAGAGUUAGCUAGAUUCCAGCUGGGAGAGCAAAAAGACCUGGCAGCCGAGUCGGAUCAGAGGCGUUUACAGUUCCUGGAGGACGAGGGGUACAAAGCACAUUAUCACAGCAAGAGACUGACCGAGGACACAAUCUCAUCAUUAAAUAGUCACAGACCGGGACUGGCGGGCCUAGACAACAGCAGUAAAUCUGAGUUAUACCACACUCUGGCCACCUCCGACUGUGAUACAGAUUCAAAAGUUUCCUUUGACAGGGACGGCCGGGCAUUUGACGAGAGAGAGAUAGCACUAUUACAUGAAGUUCGACGACUGAGGGAGAAGUUAGCAGUUGACAACAGGACCAAAAAACCACCGCCUUACACCGCUCUGGACUGAGUACUCAUGUAUUAAACCUGCUCUGGACUGAGUACUCAUGUAUUAAACCUGCUCUGGACUGAGUACUCAAGUAUUAAACCUGCUCUGGACUGAGUACUCAAGUAUUAAACCUGCUCUGGACUGAGUACUCAAGUAUUAGACCUGCUCUGGACUGAGUACUCGUGUAUUAAACCUGCUCUGGACUAAGUACUCAAGUAUUAAACCUGCUCUGGACUGAGUACUCAAGUAUUAGACCUGCUCUGGACUGAGUACUCAGAUAUUAAACUGUUGUGGACUGAGUACUCAAUACCUCUUUGUGGCCAUACUCAACCUGGAAGGAUUACUAAUAGCCCCUGGGCCGAGUACAUGAGAACUUCAUCGACAUACUUUUGAAUGAGUAGUGACAUUAAGAGUAACUGUGGUCAUUACAUCAGCUAGGAAUGAUUAUUACUUUCAUUUGGAGCGAGUUGGUAAGAACCUUUAGUCAUAUUUAGUCGUGGACCAAUUAGUGAUACCUGCCGUAGCUGUGACAUACUCGUUUAUAUACCGAGUAUGUAGAGACUUUGUGGCUAUCAUGCACAUUUGAAAACUGAUUACCAUAAAUAUAUGCGAAAAAGGACUGGCCAUACUCACUAUUGAACUGAACAGUCAAGGAUGGCCUUACAUCACUUUGAACUGAGUAUGUACACUUGUUUAUUUACAUGUAUACGAGUACCAAUAUGAAAUGUACGUACUCAAGUUCUGAAUGAUAUCAGAAAUAAGUUUGGCCAUACUCAGUCUAGUGCUUAAAUAGUUACACAAAGAUGUAGGACACUCAACAACAGUGUGUCUUUAUGGAGUUGUGGUCUGGUUAAAUGUGGCAUUUAUUUACAAGGACUUGCAGUGGCUAUACUCAUCUCCAGACUGAGUACGCUGGGGAUUAUUGUAAUCAUGUUACACUCAGUGAUGAUAUAAUAAUAUGAUUACUUAUAGAGACCUGAAAGGACAAUAAUACACAGGAAAUAAAAUAGUCCUUAUUAAAAGUAUUAUCAUUAGAUGAUGUAGUUCUAAAUGGUCUUAUUAUUUAUUUUGUGUACAAAUUGAACAUGUACAUCCAUAGUAAAAUAGUUUGGCAUACAUUUCACAUGAUUGGUGUCAAUAGGUUGUCUGUUAGGUAGAAUAUAUGGCAUUUUUUGUUAAAACUUGCCAAAAUUGAUGAAGACUUGUGCAUCUAAAAUACAAUUGUACUAUUUUAGUCAGUCAACCAUUGUGAUAUUGCUUAUAGAUGUACAUACAUUA